UUUUUUUUUUUUUUUCUUUUUUUUUUUCUUCCUCCCUUCAGUUUGACCUGACUUCUUUUCUUAUUUUGUAUGUUUCCGGGCUUGGCAGCUUUCGCUCGGUUGUCAUCUCACUUACAAUAUCGGCUGCAAAGCGAGGAAAGCAAAACAAUACCGGAUCUUUAAAGAUGAAAGAUCCCGAUUCACUGUCGAAGGAGAAUCAGAGUCCUUCGGCUCCUCAUCUGCGGAUCGACCGGUCGCCACCCAUACCGUUACGCUCUCGCGACAGUAGUAAUUCCUCCAGUCGAACUUCAUCUCCUUCCAAUUCGCCGUCUCCGCCUUUAUCUCCAUCUACAACGCAAGCCUUGCUACCUUCCAUUUAUCAUUUGACACGAGCAAGUCGUUUGCUCAUAUUUUGCAUCAUCUUUCUCUCCAUUCUGGGCAUUACCGUUAUCAUUGACUCUUUUCAGCAUCAUCAACGAGAUAAAAGUGGAUGUAGAAUGAGCUACAUGCGUCCUUAUUACAUAAAGCAGACAGGCUUCGACAGUGAGAUGACUCGAUUUGCUGGCAAGUAUGGUCUUUACCUGUACCGUGAAGCGGAUCACGAUUAUUACGAUUAUCCGACUGGUGUGCCUGUCUUGUUCAUUCCCGGUCAUGCCGGCAGCUAUAAGCAAGUCCGAUCGCUUUCUGCAGAAGCAGCAUAUUACUAUUACCAGCACUAUGCCCAGGAUAAUGAUGCUUGGAAUCGCGGUGUACGAUCGCUCGACUUUUUCACGGUGGAUUUUCAUGAGGAAUUUUCCGCGCUUCACGGACAAUCAUUGCUUGAACAAGCCGAAUAUCUCAACGAUGCCGUCGACUACAUCCUCAAACUCUACAUUCAAUCUCGUAAACUAGAUCCUCAUUUAAACUCCAAAUUACCCGAUCCCACAUCCAUUAUCAUCGUCGGCCAUUCCAUGGGCGGUAUUGUUGCCAGAACCAUGUUUACGUUGCCGAAUUAUCAACCUGGAAGUAUCAACUCCAUCAUCACGUUGUCCACUCCUCAUAUCCUCCCGCCCGUAGCAUUCGAUUGGAAAAUCUCUCAGAUCUACAAGGAUAUCUAUCGGCAUUGGACGCAGGGAUUUUCUGAUGAGAUUCAGACGAAUAACCUGCAUCAUUCUACCUCGCUGAAAGAUGUCAUGCUUAUCUCGAUUGCUGGAGGCACGCUGGAUAAUACGGUCAACUCGGACGCUGCCAAUGUCGGCCCGUUCCUACCUGCUACCAAUGGUUUUACCGUUUUCACGACGGCUGUACCUCACGUCUGGACAGCAGCAAAUCAUGUAUCAAUCCUAUCCUGUAAUCAAUUCGUCAAAGUCUUGGCAAAGAGCCUUCUCGAUAUUGUGGAUGUGCGACGAGGUUCUCAAACUCAGACGUUGGAAGAUCGCAUGCGAGUCAUGCGUAAAGCAUUAUUAACGGGGCUGGAGGAUCGAAGGGGCGACGGUUCGGAUCUGAUGCUUGAUACCAUCCAAUUCGAAUGGCAGCAGCCUUUACCCAAGGAUGACCAGGAUGAACGUUUGAUUAUUCUAGGAGAUAGGCCAUCAGCCAUGCAUUUUCUGCCAAGAUCAAGAGGAAAAAAUGCAUAUGCUGUGUUGACGGAUCAGCUUAUUGGUCAGCGCUUUGAUCUUUUGCUGUGCAAAAGAAUAAAAGAGUAUGAACCGAAUAGAACUCGAAUGGAAUGUCGCAUUGCCAAUUCUAUCGCCGUUCCUGUGCCAGCGUCUACCAAACAGGAUACCGAUCCAUUUUCAGGCAACGAAUUCCGCUUCGCCAGUAUUGCAUUUGCGGAAAUGAGCGACUAUGAAUAUGUGGCCAUCAGGGACAAAGGAGGUCGAUUUGGAUUCCUGAUUGCUGAGUCUUUCAACACACGAGAAAAUACCCAAGUAAUCAGUACGAGCAUGAUAGGUAUCGCUGUAAGAGGAAUUCGUGCAUCCGUGAAACCAUCAUUGUUUUCGUCUAUUCGCAUCCCUUCGAUUGAGAAUUCGAUGCUGGGUUAUCACCUGAAAUUGUCUCGCCCAUCGUGUGAUGAAGCCAAAAUGCGAUUUACUCCAUUUCUGCGACAAUCGAUUGCUAGCAUGCACGAAUCCAAGUUUUACGUAAAUUUAGCCAGCAACAAUGAGGAAACUGAACUGUCGCUGCAUGGUCGCACUGCUUUUUCUUCGGCUGCUGUCGGUCAAGCAGAUAUCGAUCAUCGUGGCCUACUUUUGCAAGUGUGGAUGGAUCCGGUCUGCCCUCAACCUGUCAACUUGGAACUCAGCAUCGAUUGGUAUGGUAGUGCUGGUCGUCUUGGUUUCCGAAAUGGCAUCAUGUUGGCUACAUCCACCUUUAUUAUCGUCAUGCUCGUGUUUGUGGCUCAAAUCCAAGCCUACAAUAACACUGGCAUUUUCCCUCAUUUUGGUCAAGGCUUGAUGUAUUGCUUGCGGCGUACACUUCCCAUCGCCAUGCUUUUGGUGUCGUUGUGCAGUAUUUAUCAGUGUUUUGCCUCUUAUGCGCUCGAAGACAUGUGGGACCUUCCUCAUCAUAUUAAAUGGCAUGAUGUACUCGCCGGCAAUUCGGAUCCGUUCUUCUGGUGGUUACCUUUACUGGGCCUUCUGUUAGGUGUCGGGAUCAUGUCCCUGCUGUGGUUAUUUGUGGAAGCCAGUUUGCGGUUGUGUACCCUGAUUCCUCCAUUCUUUCAACGGUACCUUGAUUGGCAAUUCUGGCCCAUCAACCGGGCUGCUGAGAGUCGGCAACGAAGGCUCCAACGACGCGUUAUCACUAUCACGAUUCUAUUCAUUCUGGUCGCUACGGUGAUUACUUAUCAGUUUGUAUUCGUCGUGGCAUUCUUUGUUCAUAUUGUAACGUGUACCCGGUCGCUUAUCCGUAAACGGGCUAUCUUGUCACGAUCCGAUCGAAAGGAAACAAAUCGAUAUCAUUACAUGCAGUCUGUCCUACUGCUACUCAUCACAUUAUUACCUUUUAAUCUGCCAAUUUUACUGGUGUGGAUCAGAAAUCUCGCGGUUCACUGGUAUGUUCCGUUCUCUUCCGAUCAUAAUGUGCUAGCAAUUGCACCAUUUAUGAUGUACGUGGAGGCGCUGAUCAGUGAAAGGAAUAUGCUACCCCGGCAAACAUCAAGAUAUUGGCGUUGGACCACUUACUUCAUUUUCUACGGCAUCAUUGCUUAUGCAUUCAUGUACGGCAUCAAAUACACGCACGUUCUGUACCUCAUAUCGAACUACUUGGUCGUUUGGCUACUUAUUCUGCAUUUCCGAGAUUCACGUUAUUGCCGACUCGUGUAUCAUUACGCUUUGGAACAUUUAUUUACCUUGGGAAACAAAAAGCUAUCCUAGACAAAUACCCUUUCUCUUUUGCAGCUUUUUUUUUAAAACAACUUAUCAUUAUUUGAUUUUGUAAACUUUUUUAUUUGCCUUGUACACAAUAUUAAUCAUUUUAUUUAUAAUCAGCUAACAAGCAUAAAGUCCUUGUUAUUGGAUACCGUCCUCUUGCUCUGAACAACAUCCAUAAAAUAGAAAAAAAAC